AUGUACGUAGUUCUCCUUAAAUCGGCUGGUGAUAAUGCUACUAGCAUCGGUGAUGACCCUUAUGUACAGAUAUUAAAAAACUCAGGUUUCAGCGUAGACUUACUGGAAACUCUUGAUUUCGAGUAUAACAUAUCAAAUCUAGCGGAAUACAAAAAUUGGAGGAACAAUCACAGUUGCAUUAUUUUUAGUAGCCCACGUUCCGUUAUCGCAUGUGUUAAAGCUGGACUAACAGGUAAUGAAAAUGACCUUUGUUUCGUUGUUGGUCCUAGCACUGAGUUACAAGCUAAAAAAGCUGGAUUUUCGCCUAAGGGAGCUGAUUCUGGUGAUGCGGAGAAGCUCGCUAGUUUUAUUUUGAAGCACUUUGCCUCAAAAUUGGAUAAACCUAUAUUUUUCCCAUCUGGGCAAGUACACCGCGACACACUACCGAAAGUUUUGGAAAAUGAAGGAAAAAAAGUAAAUACCGUUGUGGCCUAUUCUUCUGUAGAAAAUACUCAACUUCAUGAAAAACUGCGAUUGAAUUUAUGUGAAGGAAAUCCUAUUCCUGAAUGUUUAGUAUUUUUCAGUCCCUCUGGCGUUUCAUUGACUGAAAAAAUAUUAUUAACCGAAAUUAAACCACAUCGACCGAAUAUUAAAUUGGUUGCUAUGGGACGCGCAACAGCAACACAAUUAAAAGAAUUAGGUUUGACUGUUUCAGCGGUUGCCUCAUCACCUAAACCGGAAAGUCUACUAACAGCGCUAAAGCAGUUAAAAUGA